AGUUACAAAAACGCAUGCGCGGAAACUAAGGAAGCCACCAUUUUGAACGGAGGCGAUUUGAGGUUUGGGCUCGGGUUUGCUUUGGUGGGGGUGCGUAGCCGUCCCCGCUUGACCACCGGAAUGCUUGGCGAGCGAGUAGCCGAUUUGUUUUGAGAUGCUUCAUGCUGUGUGUAAGUCAAGAUACUUUGAAAAUCAAGAUGUCUCAGUAGCUGAGCCCUCUUCUAAAAGGAUGAAAUCUGCAGAAGAGCCUUAUGGUAAAUCCUAUGAUGAAUUACAAAGACUUCAUGAGGAAAUACAUAUAAAAAAAACCCAUUCUGGCUUUAUUCCAUUGUCGCUAUCUGAUGAUGAUGGUGAAGAGGAGAAGAAGGAAAGAGAGAGAGAGAAAAAUGCAGAAGUGUUAAAUUCAUUUAACCAAGUACCUCCUGGUCAAACACCAAGUUCAACAGAUCUUUCAAGUUUAGUAAACAAAACUAAAAUUAAAGGAAAUGAAUAUUCUUCUUUUACUGAUAACAGCAAUGUAGCUCAUAAUGGAGAUAACAAUUUCAUUAGUGAACAUAAGAAUAAAGGAAAAAUGGAACUGUACAGCACAAGCAAAGCAUUUAUUGGACCCAUUUAUAAAAGUGAAAGUAAUUGUGAACAUAAACAAAAGCAAACGUAUAUUGAAAACAACUGCCCAAAGAGAUCAAAUACAAUUACUGGUAGAAAGUCUCAGAAAGAAAUAGUGCAAGCUAUCUCCUGUGAUAUGCCAAAAAUAGAAGAUGAAUUGUCACAGUUCUACAAGGAAAUUGAUCAGCUUGAAAGUAAUGAAAGUUGUCCAGAUACUCAUUUACAGGAGACAGAAGCAAAUUCACCUUAUCCACCUCUGGACUGUAGUAAAUCAAAUCAAGUAAAGUAUGUAAAAUCUCAAGAAUGGUCUCAUAAGACAUUACUUAAGGAUAAUGAGGAACAAUAUUUUUAUAAUGAAUCAAAUAGUUAUAGAACUGGCAAAGACAUUUGUGAUGACCCAAAUGGUCACAGAACUGGCAUGGAACAAAGUGAACAUGGAAGAGAUGCAUGGGAAACCGAACAACCAUGUAAUAAACAAGAUUUUAGAUCCUGGAAUGAUUUUGUACCUCAGUUUAGGCAUACUGGCCAGCAGACUAAUCCAUUUGUAAUACCUUACAACCCACCACAUCCAUUUACUGCUCACUUUAAUUUUCAGAACUCUAAUUCCUUAUCACUUUGUUCAGAUGGCUUCAAUUCUUCAAAUACAGAAUUAAAAAAAAAUAACACGAACAGUUCAGAAUGUGAUCAAAGUAAUCCAUAUAGUAAUCACUCUAAUAUUCAUAGUAUGCAUACAAUCAGAAAUGAAUGUAGUGUACCUGAUGGAUAUAUGUUUAAUGGUUUCUGUGAAACUCAAGCAAAUUGGAAAAACAGUAAAGCUCACAAUUUUGAGGACUCAAAUAAUGUUCCCCAACAGCAUCCUCAGGGCAAAUUAUAUGAGUUUAACAAGCGGCUUUUAAUAUUAAGAGGACUUCCAGGCUCUGGAAAGACAACCUUAACUCAUAUUCUUCUUGGUCAGAGCUGUAGUGGCAUUGUAUUCAGUACUGAUGAUUACUUCCAUCAGAUCAAUGGAUGUUGGAGCUAUAAUGUUUCUCAGCUUGGUGCUGCUCAUGAGUGGAAUCAAAAUCGAGCAAAAGAAGCAAUGGAUCUAGGAAGAUCCCCAAUUAUUAUAGACAACACAAAUACGCAAGCCUGGGAAAUGAAGCCUUAUGUGAAAGCGGCUCUAGAAAAAGGCUACCAUGUGGAAUUCCAUGAACCUGAUACAUGGUGGAAGUUUAAUCCUGAAGAACUAGAAAAGAGGAAUAAACAUGGGGUCAGUCGUGAGAAGAUUGUGCAAAUGCUGGAAAGAUAUGAAUAUCAAAUUUCGAUACCCAUUGUCAUGAAUUCAGUGCUUCCUUUUCAUAAAACUUCACAAAGACCAUAUUUACAAAGAAGACAGAGGUGGGGAGACUGUUCAGUCUCUUGGAAUACUUGUAAUGUAUCACAUAAGCAAGGAUACAUUUAAGGUCCAUUUUCUUUAUCAGUAAUAGCUUGCCAUUUAUACACAAUUAGAGUACACAAUUACACAAUCUAUUGAAAAGACUUUAAUUCCUUGAUCAUUUUUAAAUAUGCAGUUAAUUUCUUUUGUGACUAAAAUAGGUUUAAUGCAGAUUAAAUAUCUUGGAAUUAUUUAUAAAAAUGUAAAUGUUUAAUAUUAAAAUGUAAAAUACUUUCACAUUUUA